AUGGCCUGGAUCUUCGGUGGAAGAAGACAAAGUGACGGGCAGAGAAAUCAGCCGAACCCUCCUGUUGCCGUCAACAACACGGCCAACUAUCGCCCUCCUCCUCCUCCAUACCGGCCCCCCGUCGCUCAACCUCAACCCCCUGCCAUCCAGGCGGCGCAUGCGCAUGUAGCGGUGAAUCAGCCGGACGCUGCGCGGGCAGCCAACGCGAUGAACCGACCAGGGGGCACGACGAGGAGGCUCAAGUAUCCUGCGCUCGACCGGAUCGAGAUCGUGCCGGCUGCCUCCUCCUCCCAGCGCCGCCAAGAGCUGCAGGUGCUGGUGGAGCAGCUCAAGGUGAUCGAUGCGGACGUGCUGGUAUUGUCCUCGGCAGCCCCCAAGCUUGACCUGAGGAUCGAGAGCUCCAUCCUGUCCGAGGCAGAGGAGAGUGUGAUCAACAGGUCCAGAGACCUCGACGCGGAGCGAGAGAGGCAGCAGAAGCUGGUGAAGGAGCACCUGCGACGAGUUGAAGAGCAGCGGAGGGAGGAGCAGCACAAGGAGGAGCAGAGGAGGGAGCAAGCGAAGAGAGAACAGGAGCAGCUUGAACGAGACAACAUUCAACCUACAUUUCCCGUCAAAGAAUCUCUGAGUGAUAGGGAGGAAGAUCAAGUCCCCAUCUUUGACUUCACUAUUGCUGCAGGCCCACAGGCGACUUUACCGGCAGACUCAGUAGCCCUACAGACUUCACACGCGUCGCAAGCUGCUGAGGGAGUGCGGGGAGGCGGCACUCCUCCUCCUCCUCCUCCUCCUCCUCUUGUACCACCUGAGGGCUCCCCUGCCAUGAAGGCGAUGUUCAUCCAAGAGCUUACCGACCGCGGUCACGCUGUGAAGGAUGUUGAACUUGUGCUGGAGAUGCUGGGGGGGGACGUGGAGAAGGCGCAAAAGGCGCUGGAGGAGAUGAACAAGCUGAGGCAUGAAGGAUGGGAACGCGAUCGAUCCGAAUGGGCUGCUUGGCUUCUCAACAAGUUCCUGUAG